CAGAGGAAACGAAAUUAGAGUCUCUCUCUCUCUCUCAUUGUGUGAGUUCAGGAAAAUGGCCGAAGCCAGUAUUUCAGUAGAUCAGGACCAGUUCCUCUGUUCAGUGUGUCUGGAUCUACUGAAGGAUCCAGUGGCGAUCCCCUGUGGUCACAGUUUCUGUAAGGUGUGUAUUCAUGACUGCUGGGAUCAGGAUGAUAAGAACGGAGUUUAUCGCUGUCCUCAGUGCAGAGACACUUUCACUCCAAGGCCUGUUCUACGCAGAAACAACAUGCUGUCUGAAGUGGUGGAGAAACUGAAGAAGAAGACUGAAGUCCAAGCUGCUUCUCCUGCUCACUGUUACACUGGACCUGGAGAUGUGGAGUGUGAUUUCUGCACUGGGAGAAAACACAAAGCCGUCAAGUCCUGUCUGAUGUGUCUGGCCUCCUUUUGUGAAACUCAUCUGAAACCUCAUUAUGAAGUUCCUUCCUGGAAAAAGCACAAGUUAGUCGAAGCUUCUGGAAAUCUACAAGAGAAGAUCUGCUCUGAGCAUGAUAAAGUACUGGAGAUCUACUGUCGUACUGACCAAAGCUUCAUCUGUUAUCUCUGUAUGAUGCAUGAACACAGAGGUCAUGACACAGUCGCGGCUGUAGCGGAAAGAACUGAAAAACAGAGUGAGUUAAAGGAGGAGCAGAUGAAAUCCCAGCAGAGAAUCCAGGAGAAGCAGAAGAAGGUGCAGGAGCUGAAACAGGCUGUGAACACUAUAAAGCGCAGUGCACAGACAGCAGUGGAGGACAGUGAGAGGAUCUUUACUGAGCUGAUCAGCUCCAUGGAGAAAAAGCGCUGGGAGGUGACGGAGCUGAUCAGAGAUCAGGAGAAGGCUGAACUGAGUCGAGCUGAACGACUCCUGGAGCAACUGGAGCAGGAGAUUGCUGAUCUUCAGAGGAGAGUCACUGAGCUGGAGCAGCUUUCACACACACACGAUCACAUCCAUUUCCUCCAGAGUUUCCAGUCUCUCUGUGUCUCUUCUGGACGUGAGGACUCACCCAGCAUCACUGUCAAUCAACAUCUCUCAUUUGAUGGAGUGAGGAAAUCUCUCUCUGAUCUGAAAAAGAGACUUGAGGAAUUCUACCAGGAGGAAUUCAUCAAAAUCCCUGAACAUGCUGCAGCAGUUCAGAUGAUUUUACCCUCAGAACCAAAGAGCAGAGAAGAUUUUCUGCACUAUUUCUGUGAUCUGACUCUGGAUCCCAACACAGUGAAUUAUCGCCUCAUUCUGUCUGAGAAGAACAGAGUGGUGACGUGCAGUGAGAGAAAUCAGCCGUACUCUGAUCAUCCAGAGAGAUUUGACUCCUACUGGCAGGUGUUGUGUAAGGAGAGAGUGUGUGGACGCUGUUACUGGGAGGUGGAGUGGAGCAGUAAAGAUUGUGUUUACAUAUCAGUCUCAUAUAAAGACAUCAGAAGGAAAGGACCGGGUAAUGAGUGUUGGUUUGGAGGCAACAAUCAGUCCUGGAGUCUGCGGUGUUCUUCUUCUUCUCUCUCUUUCCAUCACAACAACAUUGAGACUGAUCUCAGAGUUCCAGCCCCCUCCAGAAUAGGAGUGUAUGUGGAUCACAGUGCAGGAACUCUGUCCUUCUACAGCGUCUCUGACACGAUGAAGCUCCUCCACAGAGUCCACACCACAUUCACUCAGACUCUAUACGCUGGGUUCAGGCCGCUUUCUUAUGGAUCAACUGUGAGAUUGUGUGAUCCAAAAUAAAAUAUUAAUGAUGUGAUGUUUUUAAAAUUAAAAUGAACAGCUUUACUUUUAUAUAUCUCAGUUAAUUCCAAUAAAGAUGUAAUAUGCGUCAUUUCCUUUGCAGAUUUAAUAUUAUAAAUGUGACUAUUAUAUAAAAAUACAGAUCAGAACAUUAUUAUUAUUAUUUUUUUUUAAUCUGCCUUAUCGAAAACAACUGCUAUAAUUGCUGGCAUAUUAAUGAUCAUUGUAUCACUUCCACAAACUUA